AAACAACGUCUCCCGGGCGUUCCGCACAUUCAGCUCAGCCAGGUUUCUGACGUUUCGGCUCGUUCGUCCCAUCAGGCUUGAACAGAUGUGGUGAGAACAUGCCACAGUGUGCUGCCUUUCACGUGCCAGCUCGAUCGAUCGUCCGCUAACCACAUGUUGCCUGACCCUCCCGUCCCCACAGCAGUCAAUCACGAAAGCUAGUCAGACCUCGGUCUCUCCACCAUCAAUCUAUUGGGUUUAUAGUAACAACGGUUGCUCCUCAGGCAACUUCACCUAUCACUCCAAUGGACUCUUCUCGCGCCCGCUCACGCUCUUCCACACGGCGCUCGUACCCCAAUCUCCACAACCUAUCCCUCGCACCUCUCAGCUCAAAGUACCCACUCGACGCCUCGACACCGCCCUCGCCCAAUGCAGCCACCGCCCACACGCCACGUACCUCGUACAUUGCACAAAAGUCAGCCCCGACAACGCCUGGAAUACUCAGCCUGAGCCAGAGCCGCAGCAACUCGCGACACAGGGCAACCAAGUUCGCGUAUGAUGGGUACUUUGUCUCCUCCGGGCGUGAAGUACGAGGCGACGGCGAAAUACCCAAAGCCAAGAGCACCAAUACUUUGCACGCAGGAGUCAGCUUUGCAGAUCAGGUAGAAGACAGUGGAGAAAAGAAACACCACACACGGAAACACACAGCGCCCUUACCUCUGCGCGCGCCUCUAGUCCGCCACCACACCACCGAGGCAAACGACGAGUGGUUCCACAGGGCCGGCCUCGCCAUUGCAGGUGAAACACGCGAAUCAAAAGGACAAGGCUGGCUUGUGCGCAGAGAGAGCUCGACAAGCCUAGUGCAGGACGACGACGAGCACCACUCCCACGAUGCUCGACACAUGGCGCUGCUCUCCGGCGAACACAUGACAGACUUCGACUUCCCCACCUUCUCUCCUCGCAUGUCGAGAGUGGGGAGUCGCAUCACAAGUCGUAUGGGGAGUCGCGCCCCCAGCGCACGCCAGAGUCGCCGCGGUUCGCGCGUAGGCAGCCGCGCCGACCUGCUCAUGUCGUCUCUGCCUGCGAGCGGGCGUCAGAGCCUCGACAUUUCUGACUUGGACUCCUCGCUCAUCGAGCCGGACUUCGUGUCCGCAGAUGAAGACAACCUCGACGACGAGGAGGAAGUCGCACGUCUAGCGCGGGACCGCGGGUUUGGCUUGGGAAGCUGGGUGGACAAGCUGAUCGGAUGGUCGCUGUUCGACGUGGAUGAGGAUGAAGAGGCGUCCGAGGACGAAGAAGAGGAUCAUCGUGUGCCGAGCAUUGCGGACAUGACGAAAGAGGAAUUGAAGUUGCGGAGGGAAGUGGAGGCGAAGCGGAGGAAGAUGGAGAGGGAGGCUAUUGCUGCUGCUUCGGCGCAGAGUCUGCAGGAGAAGACGGACGAGGCGGGUCGGCCGAGCACGGUGGAUGUCCCGGCGCAGGAACUCAAUGGGUGGCAGGAUGCGGCGUGGCUUUUGAGCGUGGCUUCCAAGGCUCUUUUCUAAGUUUUAUACCUAUGUCUACUAUAUUUUUGUCUAGCACAGUUAUCGGUGCGUUGAGCAAUAUCUUGACAAUCUCACAC